UCGUCCAGACAAUCGAACAGAAAUCUUCCCCGGAAUCCCACGUCCAGACGUCAAAUUGCCCCCAUCCAGCUCGUGGAUCCAUCAAAGAACGACUAGCCUCCCCACGUUGGCCGCACGCGCGAGUCUCGUUGGCUGCCUCCGGGCUGCAUUCUGAAACUGCGAUCCAAAAGGCCCGAGAAUCGUCGCGCGAAGAUCAGCGUUCAUUCCUUGGCGGUUCCCACCGAGAUCGUGGUUGCGCUCCACACCGGCCGCCAUAGUUCAGAGACAGCGUGCUGCGAAAACCUGCUCCAGCUGUUGGUUAUCAGGCGCUAAGGGCGACGGGGUGAGAAAUACAUAAAAUGGCGUCCUCCCAGCCGGUCGCGUCUCCCAGGCAUGGUCGGGGUUUCAGUUUUGGCGCAAAGUCAGACCACUCCCAGCAGUCCACCACCUCUGGCAACAGCAAGACCAAGAAGCUCCAUCUCACGGAAUCCUCUGAAGAGAAGCAUCGCCGCAAUCUACAUUCCAAAGCCGAUCCGAUGGUUGCUAUGAGCGAAGCCCAGCCUAACCUGGUUGCCCUCGAACAGUCGACGCUUGGUUCUUUACGGACCAUGCAACAUAAGGACCAGUACGGAAACGUGAUCACCGAUCCCGAUCUCUCCAAUCCCACUCGCCCCCGGUUUGAGCGCCCGCUCGAUACCAUCCGGUCUUUCGAGGCGGCGAUCUACGGGACAUACAGCAGUAGACCUGCUUCCUAUGUAAGGACCGCUCAGAAUGGUCAUUCCAACCGGGGCCAUCACGACCAGGGCGGUUAUCACAAUGGCCGCGGGGCCUAUUCGCGACCGGACAGCUAUGCCGAGAAUGGCAAUGGGCAACCUGAGAACUACUACCCGUACAACCAGAAUGGCAGUCGACCCAGACCACGCCACCACGCACGGAUGAACACUGACCAGAGUGGAUAUUCGCAACACGGCUACCAAAAGUCGUAUGACAACAUCACCGCGGCGUCUGGCUCGGGCUCUGGCAGCAACACCGACGCGUAUGGCAAUUCGACCGAUCCGAGCUCUGUGAACAGCUCCAUGGACCAGUUCCAACAGCAGCAGCAACAAUACCAACAGCAGCAGCAAAUGGCAGAAAGCUAUGGCUUCCAAGGAUUUGGCGGCGGACCCAAUCUCGAGGGCCAGGCCAAUACCGGUGGACGGAUCAACUUUGGCAGCAAGCCUCCCGCGGCAGACCCCAAUGCCGGGGGCCCUGUUGGCGGUGGUGGUGGUGCGGCGGCAGCGGCGGCGGCCAACCGUCGUCAUCUGCGCAAGGCUACGAAUGACUCCGAAAUGAGCAACGAUAAGAGAAAGAGCUGGUUCAAGCGACGAUUCAGCAAGAACUAG